GCAGAAGUGGAGACGCGGACGGGUUCGCGGGAGGGUCGCAUUCAGCUGCUGACGGACAGCUCGCUGGUCUGCGCCCAACGGGAGAGUUCGCGGCAGCGGUCGGGGGCGGGGAAGGACGCGCAGCGUCUGUUGUCCAGCGUUAGCAGGCGCACCACAUAAGCUGGACAACUUUGCAGGAACUCCGCGCGAGGGUCACCGCAGGGGGGCCGAGCAAGUUGAGGAGCUUUAGGGGGAAGUGGAAGCGCGCGCAACCCGGAGAGGGAGAGAAGCAGAGAGGCGGGGGCUCCCGCGUGCGCGUUGCGCCCUUCGGUCACCGCGUUUCCCCGUUACUUUCACCUGUGACGCUGCGCGCGGACGGACUGACGACGACGGCGGAAGGAGCUUUAAAGCGCGCGACGUCGCUGUAACUCGGCGACGGCUUUUUGAAGCGCCGCCUUCCCCCCCUCCUCCUCGCAGCCUCGUGCUGUUCGCGACGCCGGGCGGGACUUGGCAGACUUUUUGCUCGUCUUCGCGGCGGAGCUCGGCGAAAAGGUGCACUUUUUUUUUUUUUUUUUUUUUGGUUUCGUCUGCGGUCAGCUUUCCCGCUUCCCAGCCGCACGCGCACAGCAGGGGAGCGCGUGGCCGCGAUGGUCGCUCACGAGAUUGGAAGUAGGAGGAGGAGGAGAAGAGUGCAGUGAGUGAGUGACGGGAGAGCAGCACCUGCCCGGGCCGGGGCCUCCUGCGCGGCGAAGAGGACGGACUGCCAGUGUCACCCGCUGUCACCUCCUGUCACCCCGCACACGUGGCGCGCUUCACACUGAGCUCUUCAAGCGAUGAAGGCCGCUCCGAGUUCGAGCCCUGCAGUUAUUCCCACGCUAAACACCUUGCCUGCAGAGAGGUCUUGCAAAGACCGCAGAAAGUACUGUGUGUUUUAAUGCUGGGGACAAAUGUGCAAAAGGGAUUAUGUUAUGUAGAGCCUUACUUCUUGUCUGCAUGGCUGCUCGGCGUUUUAAAGCGGCGUUCGAAAAGUGUUAAAGGCGGAGCGAUCUGUGGCUGCUCCGCCAGGACGAACGGGUAAGGACAGAAACUCAAACCUACAGCCAUGUCUCUGGUGAUGUACGCAAGAAUUCCGGAGCAUCUGAAGAAAACCUCUGCCGUGAGGAAGGCCGUUUUCUUGCUCGUGGCAGCUUAUGGGGUGAAGAAACUGUACCCGCUCCUCUCUGGGAGACUCAGAGGGGCGGUUCGCAAGGAGCCGAAGGGCUCUCCGCCGCGAGAAGCCGAAAGAGGUCCCCAAGACGUGGCGGAGAAAGGGAAGAAGAAGAGCAGCUCGCCAGCGGUGAACAGGGAGUUUUUUCACAGGCUUGUCCGCCUCCUGAGAAUCCUCUUCCCUCGCUUCCUAUGCAAAGAGUUGGGCUUGCUGGGCUUCCACUCCUUGGCCCUCAUCUCCCGCACCUUUCUGUCCAUCUACGUCGCCAACCUGGAUGGCAAGAUCGUCAAGACCAUCGUGCAGAAGGACCCGAGGGCCUUCGUGUGGGAGCUCACCAAAUGGCUCCUUAUUGCCAUUCCCGCCACAUUCGUCAACAGCGCUAUUCGCUACCUGGAAGGACAGCUGACGCUCGCCUUCCGCACCCGGCUGGUCAGGCACGCUUACCACCUCUACUUCAGCGAACAGACGUACUACCGCGUCAGCAAUAUGGACAGCCGCCUGGCCAACCCUGACCAGUCCCUGACUGAAGAUGUGGUGAUGUUUGCCGCCUGUGUGGCUCACCUCUACUCCAACCUGACCAAGCCCAUCCUGGACGUUGUGGUGACAUGUUACACCCUCCUCAGGGCAGCGGAGUCCAAGGGCGCCGACACCACUUGGCCCUCGGCCAUCGCGGGCAUCCUGGUGGCUCUCACAGCCAAGGUGCUGCGUGCCUUCUCGCCUCGAUUCGGCAAGCUGGUGGCGGAGGAGGCUCGGAGGAAGGGUGACCUGCGCUACAUGCACUCCCGCAUCAUUGCCAACUCAGAAGAGAUUGCCUUCUAUGGAGGACACAAGGUGGAGAUGUCCCAGCUGCAGAGGAGCUACCAAGCACUGUCCUCGCAGAUCAACCUGAUCCUCUUUAAGAGACUGUGGUAUGUCAUGCUGGAGCAGUUUCUCAUGAAGUACGUGUGGAGCGCCUCGGGCCUCGUCAUGGUGGCUGUGCCCAUCAUCACUGCCACUGGGUACUCUAAGCAUGACCCGGAAGAUGUAAAGAAGGCGGCCAUGGUGAUGAAGGAGGAGGAGCUCGUCAGUGAGCGUACUCAGGCCUUUACCACAGCCCGCAACCUGCUCAAUGCUGCUGCAGAUGCUGUGGAGCGCAUCAUGAGCUCUUACAAGGAGGUGACGGAGCUGGCGGGCUACACAGCACGGGUGUAUGAGAUGUUCUCCGUGUUUGAAGAUGUGCAUGUGGGCAUCUACCGGCGCUCAGGGGGCGUGGAUGGAAGCCAGGCGGGGCCCGUGCGCCAGGUGCAGCACGGCAUGAGAGUAGAGGGGCCGCUGGAAAUCUGCGGGCAGGUCAUCGAUGUAGAGCAGGGCAUCGUCUGUGAGAACCUCCCCAUCAUCACACCCACUGGGGACGUUGUGGUAUCCAGCCUUAACAUCAAGGUGGAAGAGGGCAUGCACCUGCUCAUCACAGGACCGAAUGGCUGUGGAAAGAGCUCUCUGUUCCGCAUCCUCAGUGGGCUGUGGCCCGUCUACAAGGGGGUGCUCUACAAGCCGCCGCCCCACAACAUGUUCUACAUACCCCAGAGGCCCUACAUGUCUGUGGGCACUCUGCGGGACCAGGUGAUCUACCCACAUACCCAGGAGGAGAUGAGGGAACAUGGCUUCACUGAUGAAGAGCUUGAGGGCAUCCUCAACACCGUCAACCUGCGCUACAUCCUGGAGAGAGAAGGCGGCUGGGAUGCGGAGAGUGACUGGAAGGAUGUGCUAUCCGGAGGGGAGAAGCAGCGCAUUGGCAUGGCACGGAUGUUCUACCACAAGCCUAAGUAUGCUCUCCUGGACGAGUGUACCAGUGCCGUGAGCAUUGACGUUGAAGGUAAAAUUUUUCAGGCUGCAAAGGAUGCUGGGAUAGCUCUUCUCUCCAUUACUCAUCGGCCCUCGCUCUGGAAGUACCACACUCAUCUGCUGCAGUUUGACGGAGAGGGUGGCUGGCGUUUUGAGAGGCUGGAUGCCUCCACCCGCCUCUCCCUCCAGGAUGAGAAGCUGCGGCUGGAGACGCAACUGUCCGGAAUUCCCAAGAUGCAGCAGCGGCUGGCGGAGCUGUGUCGCAUGCUCGGCGAGGACAGCUUGCUGUUGGGUGCGGUCGAUCGGGAGGAGGAGAAGGAGGAGGAGGAGGCGGGACAGUAGGAGUAGCAGUAGCAGAGCAGCGGAAAGAUGUGCAAAGCUGGAAAGGUGCGAGAACAGUUCCGAGGUAUAGGAUAUGGAGUGUGAGGGACUCGCCGACUGAAACGGCACAGAUGGAGACUUGCGGUGUACGGUGUCUGCUUUAUGCGGGGUAUGCAAAGUGGUGGGAUUCCCACCGUAGCCUCUGCAACAGGACCACCGGGCCACGUGUGUGUUUAACCUUCACGCAGAAGUACGCUGACAGUUGAAGUCAGCAGGGAGAGGUUCUGAUUUCCACAUGUAGGACAGAUGGUCGAAACAUUUAAUUUGCCCUUUUCAGGAAACCUGUGGUGUAUAACUUCUGCAAGCCUUGUUGAACAGGGCCUUUGUGAUGGUGUAGUAGUACUGUGUUCUUAUAUAGAGGAGUGAUAUCAGAUUCUUAACCUCAGAACAGGUCCGAAACAGCUCUGAAAACCUGUUUGCAGUAACGGUAGUACUGUUUUUUGCUCAAACAGCGUUUAUGUCAUUCUCUUUGUCACUGUCGAUAUUCUUUUGAUGCAAUAAUUAUACAAGAUAACUUAACCACUUUUUAAAUCUUUAUGAAACUAUUUAAAUUUGGGACUCCUUUCGGAGAAAGGCUAAUAUACAGUAUUUAAGUACUGCACAUGAUUUAAGAACAAUUUGUAAAAUUGUGGAUUGAAGGUAAAACAAUGUACUGUAGUACAUGUUUUAAAACGUUGUAAUUUCAUAGUUUUCAUUGGUUUGAAGAGUUUCUGUAUUGUAUCUCCUUUGUUUUAUCUUUGCGAGCAUUUUAUUGUUUUAAGCUUCUGUUGGAUGAAGUUUCUUGAGCACCUUAGCUUUCGGGUCUCAGUGGCUGAAGCUCUUUCUGAAGGAAUGAAGAUGUCUGCUUGUGCCGCUUUUACUAAUUUGAGCUCCUGGCCUCCAAAGAAUCGGAUGCCCGAGGCUGUAUUUAGGGUUAUAUUCCAAAUAUUAAUAAUUAAAGUGCUACCUUUUCACUAUUGACACCAGUGCCCAGUAACUGAGUCUCCUGAUGUGAUCUUGUCCACCCGUCGGGUCGGAGACUAUUAAAAGUGGCCUCGUUUAUACAGCGUGUCACGCUGAGAAUCACACGAGGCAGCUCUGUGGAAAAACACUGAGACACGCUCCGCUUCAGUUCUGUCGCUAUUCAUGUAUUUACCUGUGACAUAUACUGUAACCUCCAUUGUCUCCAAGCCUGCCCACACACGCCAUCACCGUAAGUUUAUUAAAUCAUUAUUUUUAAAAAAGAAAUUUUAUUUACAUUAGCCCUUCAUGAGGGGGGCACGGUGG